UCCAGGACUGGAAAUCAAAGCACUGUGCAGUGGCACCCAGCGCUGCCCAGCUGUGCUGUGCUAAGCAGUGUGCAUUGCUGCAGGCACAGAGCUGCUCAGGUCAGAGGGGCAUCUUCUUGUCCGUACCCUGCUCACAGCAAGCUGCUCCAGGCCUUGGAUCCUAAUCUGAUUUGAAGCUGUCAUUCAGCUCUGUCAUGGUAAGAGCAUUGCCCAAGGAAGGGCUGCCAGAGCUGGGCCUCCCAGGAGCUCUCUCCUUGUCUAUCUGUUCUGGCCUGUGAUGGUGGGUAUGGAUUUGUGCCAUCGUUUCAGAGACACUGAAGAGUCCUUUCAGGUUAUCCUUGGCUAUACAUUUAAUUUUAUUUUUCCACUGUUGAGUCUUCCAAUUAAAGGCAUUCUGUGCUAAUACGCUCUGAUGCCUUCUGGAGGCAUGUUAAUGGGGUAUCUAGCAGUCAGCUCGUUAUGGUGAUGGCUUGUUCAGAUGAUGACCAUAUUUGUGAGGCAGUACCACGAAGAGCCCUGUCCAGGUGUGGGGAGGGCUGUUUGUGGAGAUGCUGUAGGAUGGUUACAUGAGGCAGCUGGAAAAAAGUAUGCAGCGAUGCUGGGUUCCCACUAGAAUAUUUCUGUUCCCUUGUCUAACAAUAUAAGGAAUCAUUUUUAUUGUAAUUGGGCAAUAUGUUCUGGAAACGUAUGUGGGAAUUCGACAUGUUUAUUUUAAGUGGUAACUAAAAAAAAUAGUUUUGGUGGCUGAUAUCCAGCACGGCUGGGUAAUGACAUGGUGGGGAUCCAGAUCCUUCUUUCCUUGUUAACGCAUCUUUUAAACAGCCCCAACCCCUUCCUGUGCCACUCCUUACAGGUAGGCUCCAUUUCUUGGCAUUGUCCCAUAUCUGUCUGCAUGUGCCCAGCUGGGACCAGGAAGGAUGUCCUCUCCUCGUGGUCAGAAGGAGGGGAGGGCUCACAUGGGCAAGUGGGAGCUGAGAGUGCAUCUGCUGGGGUGAGCAUGGGAAAGUCCCAUGCUAGAUAAGGGGUGAGCUCAGUGUUCUGAGCUCAGUGUUCUGCUGGCCUUGGUUGACUGAGCAGUUCCAUUGCAUCGGAAGGCUGAGCACACUAACGAAGAGAAGAGGAACCUUUCCCUUGGGGGCCAUGUUGGCUUUGACAGCCUCCCGGAUCAGCUGGUCAGCAAGUCUGUCACGCAGGGCUUCAGCUUCAACAUCCUCUGUGUGGGUGAGACCGGCAUUGGGAAAUCCACACUGAUGAAUACACUCUUCAAUACCACGUUUGAGACCGAAGAAGCCAGCCACUACGAGAGCGCGGUUCGCUUGCGGCCACGGACCUAUGACCUGCAGGAGAGCAAUGUCCACCUGAAACUGACCAUCGUGGACGCGGUUGGAUUCGGGGAUCAGAUAAAUAAAGACGAAAGUUACAGGCCGAUAGUUGAGUACAUUGAUACGCAGUUUGAAAAUUAUUUGCAAGAAGAGCUGAAAAUCCGCCGUUCUCUGUUCAACUAUCAUGACACAAGGAUCCACGUCUGCCUGUACUUCAUCACCCCCACUGGGCACUCCCUCAAGUCCUUGGACCUGGUGACAAUGAAAAAGCUGGACAGCAAGGUGAACAUUAUCCCGAUCAUUGCCAAAGCAGACACCAUCUCCAAGAGCGAGUUGCACAAGUUUAAGAUAAAGAUUAUGAGCGAGCUGGUCAGCAACGGUGUGCAGAUCUAUCAGUUCCCCACAGACGACGAAGCAGUGGCUGAGAUCAACUCAGUGAUGAAUGCUCAUCUGCCCUUUGCUGUGGUUGGCAGCACAGAGGAGGUGAAGGUGGGGAACAAGCUGGUGAGAGCUCGGCAGUACCCGUGGGGAGUGGUGCAAGUUGAGAAUGAAAGUCACUGUGACUUUGUGAAACUGCGAGAAAUGCUGAUCCGAGUCAACAUGGAGGAUCUUCGGGAGCAGACCCACACCCGCCACUACGAGCUGUACCGGAGGUGCAAACUGGAGGAGAUGGGCUUCAAGGACACGGACCCAGACAGCCAGCCCUUCAGCCUGCAAGAAACAUACGAGACCAAAAGAAAAGAAUUCUUGGGUGAGCUCCAGAAGAAAGAGGAAGAAAUGAGACAAAUGUUUGUUAACAAAGUCAAGGAGACGGAGGCAGAGCUGAAGGAGAAGGAAAGAGAGCUGCAUGAGAAGUUUGAGCACCUGAAAAGGAUACACCAGGAAGAGAAAAGGAAAGUGGAGGAGAAGAGGAGAGAGCUGGAGGAAGAGAUGAAUGCCUUCAACAGGCGGAAAGUAGCGGUGGAAACCUUGCAGUCCCAAUCCUUGCAGGCUACCUCACAGCAGCCGCUGAAGAAGGACAAAGACAGGAAAAAUUAAUCACACACAGACUUUCAGGCCAAGAGUGGACUUGGUGCUUUCAUGUCUUUAAGUUGCUUGAGUUUCCCACCCUGUGACCCUUCUCAUAACAUUGUGUGCGUGGACCAAAGCGAAAGAGACCACGAGCAUCUCCAGUGGUUGCUGUGUCACGACUUGCUGUGAUCUGUGCUGUGUUUGAGGACGUAACCUUACUGUGUAAAUGCUUCUAAACAACAUCAACUCAUCCCCAAAGUGAGACGUCCUGUCCUAAGCCCAGCAGCUCUGUGUCAGGUGUCCGCAGCAGUUGGCCUGAGCUCCCCUUCCCCAGCAGCUGAAUGCUUACUCCCUAGAUUUCGUUUGAUUGUCACUGGUUAUGGGGACUGUUCAAGCCAUUGCUCCACUGUUUCUCUCCCUCUGAAGGUGCUCAGAUGUGAGGAGUGGGGUGAAGGAUGCCGAAACGUUUAUUUUUCUAACAAAAUCCUGGAUUUGAAUAAGUUUAGAACAGGGGCAAAGCCCAGAGCUCAGAACCUCUGCCCUGGGAAUCUUGGUCCGAGUCACCCCUGUUCUCCUAAUUAUAUAUUUUAAUCCUGAAUUUCUCUAUAAACAUAUUCUUCAUCAUUUAUAAUAUAUAUACAUAUAUACAUAUAUACAUAUAUAUAUAUAUAGAAAGAGAGAGUGGUUAAUAAAACUCAUGGGACAACGUUUUGAAUUU